CUCUGUCUCAAAAAAAAAAGAAAGAAAGAAAGAAAGAAAAUACACUCUCUCCUUAAAACCUUUUGGAAGUGAUAAAGAAAUUCAGUAAAAUUGCAUAAUACACAACAGACAUACAAAAACCUGUAGCAUUUCUAUAUCCCACCAGUGGGUAAUUUCAAAAAGAAAACAAGAAAUGAGUGUCAUUGACAAUAGCUUACAAAAGUACCAAGGAAGAGAUUUGAACAAGCCAAAGAUUUCUGUAAUGAAAACUCUUUAAAAAAUAAUUCAUUUUGUAAUAAAAGCAUUGAAGGAAGAAAUUGACACAAAUGAGUAGAAAUAUAUUUUAUAUUUAUGGGUUAGAAUAAUUUAUAUCUUAAGAUAUAUAUACUACUCAAAGAAAUCUAUUGAUCUGUGCAUCCCUAUUAAAUUUCUGAUGUUAUGUUAGUUUUGCCUGUAAACAGAAGAAAAUAAUUCUAAAAUUUGUAUGGAGCAACAAAAAUCUUAAAUGAAAAAAUACUGAAGAAAAUGAGGAGAUCCAGGGUAAUUGAAGUAUCUGGCUUCAAUAUAGACUACAAAAUUAUGGUAACCAGAACAGCAUUAUCUGGCAGAAGACAGACACAGACACAACUGGAACAGAGUAGAAAGGAAAUAAACUAAAGCUCCUACACAAUAACUGAUUUUUUACAAACUUGCCAGAAGCACACUUCAGGGAAAAUAAAACAUUUACCGUGUAAAUGGUACUGGGAAAAUUUGAUAAUUACAUGCAAAAGAAUUAGAUUGGAAGUCUACAUCUAAAAAUACACAAAAAUUAACUCCAAAUUGAAUAAAGAGUUAAAUGUAAAAUUGGAAACUAUGAAACUUCUUGAAGAAAAUGGGGGAAAUGAUUCAUGAUAUUUUGCUGGGCAAGGAUUUAGAAAUGAGACCUGAACUUUUCAGGGAAUAAAAGGAAAAAUAACCAAAUGAGAGUACAUCAAAGUUUAAAGCUUUUGCACAGCAAAAGAGUAUUAAAAGAGUGAGGAGUCAAUUUACAGUAUUGGAGAAAAUAUCAAUUUAUAGUAUUGGAGAAAAUAUUUGCAAACAGUACAUGUGACAAAGAGUUAAGAAGAUAUAACUAACGUAAUUCAAUAGCAAGAAAAAAGUAAUAUGAAUUUAAAAAAAUUGGCAAAAAUUGCUGGCUGCUGCACUCCUGGAACCUUCACUAACCAGAUGCAGGCAGCCUUCCGGGAGCCACAGCUUGUGGCUACUGACCCCAAGGCUGACCACCAGCCUCUCACGGAGGCAUCUUAUGUUAACCUACUUACCAUUGCUCUGUGUAACACAGAUUCUCCUCUGCAAUAUGUAGACGUUGCCAUCCCAUGCAACAACAAGAGAGCUCACUCAGUGGGUUUGAUGUGGUGGAUGCUGGCUCGGGAAGUUCUGCGCAUGCGUGGCACCUUUUCCCGUGAACACCUGUGGGAGGUCAUGCCUGAUCUCCAUUUCUACAGAGAUCCUGAAGAGAUUGAAAAAGAAGAGCAGGCUGCUGCUGAAAAGGCAGUGACCAAGGAGGAAUUUCAGGGUGAAUGGACUGCUCCAGCUCCUGAGUUCACUGCUACUCAGCCUGAGCCUGCCACAGAAGACUGGUCUGCAGCUCCAACUACUCAGGCCACUGAAUGGGUAGGAGCAACCACUGAAUGGUCUUAAGCUGUUCUUGCAUGUUAAGCAACAUGGAAAAAUGGUUGACAGAAAAUAAACAUCAGUUUCUAAAAGUUGUGAAAAAAAAAAAUUGGCAAAAGACCUGAAUAGACAUUUUUGAAGGGAAUAAAUACAAAUGACCAACAUGUACAUGAAAAAAUGCCCAGUAUCACUAAUAUUCUGGAAAACACAAAUCCAAAUCCACAAGAAAAUACCACUUCCAGUUAGAAUUGCUAAUCAAAAAGACAAAACCACUAUUGGUGAGGGAGUGGACAAAUCAGAAUAUUUACACACUGUCGCUGUGAUUGUUAAUUAGUGUAGCCAAUGUGGAAAAUAGUUGGGAGGUUUCUUAAAAAUUAUAAACAGAACUAAUUCAUGAUUCCAGAAUCCUCCUAUCAAGCAUACGCUCAAAGAUAAUAAGAUAUCUGUACUGCCAUAUUUAUUGUGGUAGUAUUUACAGUGGCUAGGAUAUGGGAUUAACCUAAGUGUCCCACAGUGGGUAAAAGUCAAAGAAAAUGUUAUAUAUUUAUACACAAAGUACAUACUUUCCAGCCAUAAAAAAUAAUGAAAUCCUGUAAUUUGCAAUAACAUGAAUAAAUUUUGAAGACAGCAUUUUAACCAUAAUAAGCUAGAUACUGAAUGACUAAUGCUGUAUUAUCUUACUCAUAUGGAUACUAAGAAAAUAAAAAUUUGAUAUCCUAAAGUCAGAGAGUAGAACUGUGGUUACAAUAGACAGGGGAGGGGCCUUUGAUUUGGCCAUUAGGUACAGAGUGACAAUUAGAAAAGACUAGUAAAUUUUUCUGUUCUUUCACACACUAUCAUGAUUAUGGUUAAAUGUAAAAUACUGUAUAUUUCAAAAGAGUUAGAAUAGACACUUUUCAAUGUUUUCACCACAAAGAAAUGAUAACUGCAUGUGACUGGAUUAAUAUGCAACCUAAAUACAUACAAAAACAUCACACUGAAUUCAAUAAAUACAUGCAAUUAUAAUUUUGUGAUAGUUAAUAAAAAAGAAAAUUUAAAAAAUUAUGACAAGCAGAGGCCAAUAUCUAUGAUGAACAUAGACACACAGAUCCUCUACAACAAACUAGCAACCUGAACUCAACAGUGCAUUAAACAUUUUAUUUUUCAUAAUCAAGUGAUAUUCAUCCCAGUGAUGCAAAAAUGAUUGUACAUAUGGAAAUUAAUGUUAUGCAUUACACUAACAGAACAAAGGAUUAAAACCGUAUGAUGAUCUCAGUCAAUAUCAUAAAAGCAUUUGAGAAUAUUUAUAAUUUUUUCAUGGUAAAAACUCAAACAUUUAGGCACAGAAUUGGAUCUCCCUAUUCCCUGAGACAGAACCACAUUGAAAAUAGGACAAACAGUAACCCUGAAAUGGCCUCUAACAAUGAUUAAACUUGGUGAGGAAGGAAUGUUGAAGGCUCAGUGGCUGAAAUCUAGGCCACUAGUGCAAUAAAUCCCAUGAUUUUAAAACCUAGAGCUAACGUUAUUCAGAGGGGAAAACAAAAGCUUUUCCUCAAAUACAAAACACAUCACAAAUGCCCAAUCUCAUCACUUGCAUUCAACAUAGUACUGGAAGUUUUCACCACAGCAAUAAGGCAAGAAAAUAAAAAGCAUUUAACUUGGAAAGAGUUAUUUUUUAUUUAUUUUUUUACAGAUGACAUGAUCAUAUGUACAGAAAACUCUUAAGAAUUUGACCAAAAACAGGUCUACAAAAGGAAUUAAAUAUCAUUGGAGGAUACAAAUGCAACAAAAACAAAUUAGUAAUGUUUCUAUAAUGAAACAGCAAGCUCUCUGACACAAAUCAAGAAAACAAUCCCAUUUACAAUAUCUAACAAAAAAUAAAAUAUUUAGAAUUAAAUUACCCAAGGAAUUGUAAUGCCUACAAACUAAAUAUUAAAAAUUUUUACUUUUAUUGCAUGUGGCUUUCUUAUGUUUCUCAGAUAUCAUGGUGGGUUUUUCUUUUUUUAAACCCACCCAUGUGGCAACCCUCCAUCCAGCAAGUCAGUUGGUGCCAUUUUUUCCAGCAGCAUUGUGUUGACCUUGUGUCUCUAUACCACAUUUUGUUAAUUUUACACUUUUCUUUAUUAUUGUUAGGUAUAGUAAGUGAACUUUCUUCAGAAUUCUUAUUACCAUUUUUAUUAUGAUAUUGAACUAUGAAUCUCACUUAUGUAAAAUCAUGAACUUAAUCAGCAAAUAUUGUGUUUGUUCUGACUGCUUUUCUGAUGAGUUGUUACCUCAUCUUGUUUCUCCACCUAGGGUGCAUAUAUAUUUAGGAGUUACCUCAGGGAUAUUGGCCUGAAAUUUUCUUU